AAUAUCAGAUGUUGUGGUGAAAUUAAAGGUGAUGAAUUUCGAAAUACCGGAAAUUUCAUCCUCAACUCCUUACUGAGCAACAAGGCUUCUGAAUUUUCAAUUCAAACAUACAAAAAAUUCUUGAACACUGGCAAUAUGUUUUUUGGCGGUUCUUUGGCUAGGGAUGGAACAAAACCUUUCAUUAUUGAUUUCAAAAACGAAUGGCAUAACACCGGCAUGAUAGUUUUUCGAAGAAAUUACGGAAAAGUUCCAUUGUAUAUCAACGGUUUCACGGACGGUACACCAGUCAUCAAAAAUUCCGGAUCCAUUUGUUUGUACAGCACCACUUGGGAUGUACAGACAACAAUUGAGGGAAAUGGUUGCAUUAGUGUGGGCUAUGACUCUAUUCUACAUGUGGAACUAAGACAGAACCGGGUCCGUGCUCCUAGUGGGCAAGUAAUCUACUUGGAGUCUUUCAACUCGUACUUGAGAAUUUCUGGGUUGAGAUUAGAAUUACACUAUGAACCUGAAUUUAAAGUUGCUGGAUUCGGACAGAACAAUGUUAUCGAGUUCGACAUUGAUAUUAAUCAUAUCAGUCUGCUCAAUUACCAUGCAGACUCAGGAACAAUAUUCGUUGCUAGUGACAGAUAUCUGGAUGUAUCUUUUGUCAUUGGCAAAGGCUACGAUGGAUUUGCUAUCAAAGUGACACUGAGCCCCAAUGGCAGCAAGUUGACCUAUGACAGACCUGUUCCAGACGUCAGUCGCCCAAGUGAGUGCAGGUGUCAAAGCCAUUUUCCGUCUGUGUUCUACUAACCAAAAAUCAAGCACUCAUGGUUGUUGGACUAUAGAUACCGAUUGCAUCUCGUAUCGGCUUUGUCAAUC